AUGCUGUCCAAGCGCGCGUGUUUCGAGAAGUCGCUGCCCUGCACCGCCGCGCCAACGCAGCCGGUCACCGAUCUCGGCGUGGACGAGAGCAAGCUAGAGGCGUGGUUCGCGUGGUACAAAAGCCACUGGCUUGCGCUAGAGCCGGAACGCCGCUCUCGCGGUGUGCGCCCCAUCCGCUCCGGCCCGGCGGUUCACGCAUCUCGCUCCGGGCCGAAAGCUUGCAUCAUACUGUUCGCCGUGCAACACGCGCGGCUGGCCCGCGCUUCUGCCGCCAAGAAGCUGAAGAACUGGCGCAAGCACGGCGGCGGCGACCUGGAGCCGGUCCUCGCGAGCGGCGCCGUCGCACUCCUCGACGCUCAGUGGAUUAUCAGCCACGCCGAGGCGGGUGGCGUCCUCGCCCACCGCCAGGCGCUGCCCAAAGAGGCCUUCCUCUCCCUCGCCGACCUCGCCGAGGCCACAGACGAGGAUGACUUUCCCGUCGCCGCGCUCUCCUACCCGUGGCUGACCAAGGACCACCCCGACCCGCGCGGAGCCAACCUCUCCCGCGUCGCAAGGGCGCUCAAGGCCCUGCUCACUGACAGCCACUUCGCGCACAGCCCCCUCACGCGGCUCGGCGUCUUUUGGGACUUCGGCUCGCUGCACCAGCACCCCGACCCCGCCCACGGCGUCGAGCGCACCGAGGAGCAGAACGCGCUCUUCAAGCAGGGGCUGGGCUGCCUCGGCACCCUCUACUCCAACCCGCAGAUUUUCGUGUUGCGGCUGACCUCCUUCCCGGACGGCCACAAUGCGGAGGACCAGGCCGAGGGCACCAACGUGGCCACGUACUUUGACCGCGGCUGGUGCUUCUGCGAGAACAGCUGGGCGAGCCUGACCAAGGACGGCCGCCUCUCGCUCGACCUCGGCAAGAUGCGCGACGGCGUGGAGUACGACUGGGGCAGCCUAACCGACGACUGCACCCAGGACGGCGGCCGGCGCCCUCCGCUGCUGCCGUCUGCGUUCGCAGCGGAGCUGGAGUCGAAGAGCUUCACCAACGGCAAGGACGACAAGCCGCUGGAGCAGUUUGGCAAGGUGACCGUGCUGAUCUACGGCGACCUCGGCUGGGGCGACGCGGAGGUGGCGCAGCUGGCGGAGGUCCUGGCAAGCGGGGCGGCGCCGCGGCUCGAGAAGCUCUGGCUCAACUACAAUCAGAUCGGCGACGAGGGCUGCAAGGCGCUGGCCGCCGCCCUCGGCAAGGAGGGGGCAGUGCCGCGGCUCGAGACGCUCUCUCUCGUUGGCAACAAGAUUGGCGACGAGGGCUGCAAGGCGCUGGCCGCCGCCAUCGGAAAGGAGGGGACAGCGCCGCGGCUCGAGACGCUCUAUCUCGAAGGCAACCAGAUUGGCGAAGAGGGCUGCAAGGCGCUGGCCGCCCCGAGCUUGAAGGCGCGAGACGAACCCCUCGCCGCACGCCCCUCCCCCGCCCAAUGCUCAUCGCGCCUCCCCUCGCGUGCUGAUGCUCCGGUGCUCCGCGCGCAGAUGCUCCGCGUCGUGGGCUGGGAGAACAAGGUGCAGCCUGAGCUGGCGGCCGUGUGCGAGGAGCGCGGCAUCGACGUCUAG